CAAUAUUGAACAUGGAAACUCAUUCCUAUUUGGGUUGGGCCUUAGUGCGCCGCCAUGGUCAACAGCCAAGCUUCGCGACCGUCCUUGGCAACUGUGUCGCCAACUGUGUCUAACUUCACCGGCAAGGUGUUUCACCACUUUCCUUACUCUUUCUUUUACUCUGGGCCGGGCCCUCUUUCCUUCCUUCUUAACCUCUCGUGCCUUGCCAUCCGCUCUCGCAUCCCAUGCGACGGCAGUCGUCUGCCUCACCCCUGGUUGCGAAUCGCCAACCAAAGCCCGCUCGUUAUCUGCCUUUGGAGCCGGACUUCGAGACUCUUCAUGCCUUACCACCUUACCAGAGUCAUGGAAAGGAUCGGAGCGACAAUCGCCACGAGAAAUUAUACAGAGGCCCCAUCUCGUCGUUAGACUCCAAGACUCUUGAGUCACUCCUCAAACACACGUUACCGCGGUCGACAACCGAGAAGUUCAAUGUGCUCGUGGACGUCUCUCAGAUCUAUAGCCCCAUGAAAGCUGGACGUUUCAGAGUAGAAGAUGACGAUGAGCUCCACAAUCCUAGUCCUCGAGAUCUAGAAAAUGGCAUCAACUUCAUCACACGACGAGGAUUCGCAAAUCUUGGCUGCCUGGUCAGCCUUAUUUUCACCACGCUCUUUUUUUUCGCUGGUUUUCCCGUUCUCUCCCAUUUUGGUUUCUUCAACCAUCUGUCCCGGCUUCAAGCUGCUAGAGUUGUGGGUGUCAACGCUACGGGACAGGUUCCCGAUCUAGGAAAUUUCUUUUACAUGAUAGAUCCUGACACGCCUCCGGCCGCAUACCAUCACACAUCCCUGGAGGACAACUCUCAAUGGGAUCUCAUAUUCUCGGACGAGUUCAAUAGAGACAAUCGUACCUUUUACCCAGGAGAUGACCCAUACUGGGAGGCGGUGGAUCUUCACUAUUACCAAACCGGGGACUUGGAGUGGUAUGACCCUGUUGCCGUUACAACUGGGAGCGGCGCUCUUCAAAUCACACUAAGCCAAACGAGCACACAUGGACUUAAUUACCAAGGAGCGGUCUCGUUACCCGGACUUUCGUCAGUUUCGGGACUAUGGCCUGCUGUAUGGACGAUGGGAAAUUUGGGGCGUGCAGGAUAUGGGGCGAGCACCGAUGGAAUGUGGCCAUACUCUUACGAUUCUUGCGAUUGGGGAACACUCGCGAAUCAAUCUUUCAAUGGCUUACCGGCUGGGACUGCAAGUGGAGGCAUACAUAACAGACCCCUUUCUUUCCUUCCUGGCCAACGACUGAGUGCGUGCACAUGCCCCGAAGAGGAUCACCCAGGGCCGAAGAGAGCUGAUGGUACUUUUGUUGGGCGAUCCGCUCCCGAAAUUGAUGUCCUCGAGGCGAUCGUGAACGAAGGAAUUGGGCAAGUUUCACAGAGCGCCCAGUGGGCCCCAUUUGACGAACGUUAUAACUGGAAGAACGACAGCGCGAAUGCCGUCAUCCUUAAUCCUUCUGCGGGGAAUUUCAACCCUUUCCGUGGAAACGUUUUCCAGGAAUCAACGUCUGGAUUAUUUAGGACAGAUCAGUCCGCGUAUAGCGGUUUCAGUGCGUCACCGAGCACAGUCAAGUACAGCGUGUAUGGCUUCGAGUACAAGCCAGGGAAAGAGGGUUAUCUAUCAUGGGUCAGCAAUGGAGUCCCAUCAUGGACAAUGAAAGCAUCCGCAGUUGGGGAAAAUGAAGUUGUCAACAUAAGCGCUAGGCCGAUUUCUCAGGAGCCUAUGUAUCUUAUAAUGAAUCUCGGAAUAAGUCCUAGUUUCGGUGAGAUAAGUCCAUCCUUGGAGUUCCCAAUGACAAUGUUCGUCGACUACAUUCGUGUUUACCAAGACCCCAAAUUGAAGAAUGUAGGGUGUGAUCCACCUGGUUUCCCCACCCAUGAUUACAUCAGUUCAAAAAUCGAUGUUUAUACAAACCAGAAUCUGACUACAUUCGCUCAAUCUGGACGGUCAUUUCCUCGGAAUCGCCUAAUUCAAACGUGUGGCCAAAGUUAACCGUAGUCUGCCGGCCGAGAACUGCUAUUCAACGAUUGGAAUUGGAGCUACAUCUGAAAAAGCAUACUGUCCCUGUGCGGGUAGAAUUCGGAUUACAACGCUCUUGAAUUGUCUAAAAUUGUCUGGAGCUUGACGAGCGUCCGCUUUAGUGUAAUGGCACCUCCCACCGUCAGGCGGGGCACCGAAGAGUC